AUGCCUGUCGUAAAGGGAGGUGUUUGGACCAACAUUGAGGACGAGGUCCUUCGGGCGGCCGUGUCCAAAUAUGGUCUCAACCAAUGGGCCCGAGUAUCGUCUCUUCUCGCCCGGAAGACACCGAAGCAGUGCAAAGCGCGUUGGAUCGAAUGGCUGGAUCCGGGAAUUCGCAAGGUGGAGUGGUCGCGAGAGGAGGAUGAGAAGCUUCUACAUCUGGCAAAGUUGAUGCCAACGCAAUGGCGCACGAUUGCUCCUAUUGUCGGACGUACUGCAACUCAAUGCCUGGAGCGGUACCAGAAGCUUUUAGAUGAGGCUGAAGCCCGUGAGAACGAUGAACUCGGUUUGGGAGGACCGGAGGGUGGAGAGACGGCGGCCCCUAGUGCGGACGAUGUCCGCCGCCUACGCCCUGGCGAGUUGGAUCCCGAUCCCGAGUCUAAACCUGCGCGUCCCGACACGAUCGAUCUCGAUGAAGAUGAGAAGGAAAUGCUUAGCGAAGCGCGUGCCCGUCUCGCCAAUACACAGGGUAAAAAGGCCAAGCGCAAGGCCCGAGAACGCCAAUUGGAGGAGUCGCGUCGACUGGCAGUGCUGCAGAAGCGCCGUGAGCUGAAGCAUGCUGGUAUCAACGUUAAGGUAGUAACCCGGAAACCGGGCGAGAUGGAUUACAAUGCAGAUAUCCCAUUCGAAAAGCCGGCUGCCCCUGGAUUCUAUGAUACCAUAGACGAGCAAACCCGGAAUGAACGCCAACGGGAAAUGUUCGAUCCCCGCAAGCAACAGCUGGCCAACAAGCGGAAAGGUGAUCAAGAUGAAGACGCCGAGCGCAAGAAGCGCAAGAAUGACAAGAACAGCAACUCGGCUGCUUUUGCUGCAGCUGCUCGUGCAGGCCAAAUGCAAAAGAUUCGGGAGGCAGAGCAGAGCAGCAAGCGUCGUGGUCUGGUCCUGCCUGCACCGCAGGUCAGCGAGGGUGAAAUGGAAGAUAUUAUUAAGAUGGGCAUGGCUGGAGACAAGGCUAGCCGGAUGAGUGCCGACGAAGAAACCGCCCGGGGGCUUAUUGGACAAUACGGCUCAAUUGUUGGAGGAACCCCCAUCCGUACACCACGGGCUGCGCCGGAGGAGGAUCACAUUGCCAAUGAAAUUAAGAAUAUUCGGGCUCUGACCGAAACUCAGUCGUCUUUGCUCGGAGGAGAGAACACUCCUCUUCACGAGGGCGGUUCAUCAACAGGCUUCGAUGGGAUUGCCCCUCGACGACAGCAGAUUGUUACGCCCAACCCAAUGGCCACCCCAUUCCGACAGGCCAACGGCGUGGGGGCCACCCCGAUGCAUGGUGGGGUUGGCCCAGGUGCCACUCCGCUACGCACACCAAGAGAUCACCUUGCCCUGAAUCGGGAAGGCGAGGGCAGCCAGCUUGUUGGCAGCACGCCUCGGGAUAUCAAAAUACACGAGAACUUCAUGCGCCAGUCAAUCCGCAGCAAACUCUCUGCACUCCCGAAACCCAAAGAAACCGAGUGGGAACUGGAAGAACUUCCAUCUGAAACCGCAGAGCCCUCCACUGCAGUCGAAAUCACUCAGGAAGAUGCGGCCGAGCGUGAUCGCAGAGAGAAAGAGGAUCGAGAGAAAGCGGCCCGGGCUGAGUUCAAGCGCCAGUCACAGGUGUACCAGCGCGGUCUACCUCGACCUGCAGUCCUUGAUCUCGAUGCGUUGAUGCAGCGUGCCUCUCACGUUACUGACCCAGUCGAGGGCCUGAUUGCCAGAGAAGCCGCAGUUAUCAUUGCACAUGACUCCCGGAAGUAUCCUGUGCCCGGUGCAAAGGUCGAAGGGAAAGCACCUAAACUGGGCCGCCUGGAUGACAAAUUUUUGGAGACCGCUCGUGCUGCUAUUGUAGCUGAAAUUGCCUCGGCCGAAGCACAACAGCAACAACAAGACUGGCAAGAAAAGUUCGAUGACGUUUGGUCAUCAACUCGGGCCAACGCCCUCCCUGGCUUGGACAACUACGACGACGAAGACGAGAAGGAUGACUUCCAAGAGGAGCAGCGCAUGAUCGGGGCCUUCGACGACGUUCAAAGGUCCCUGCUCGCUACCGCCGAGAAGGGUAACAAGCUGGAGAAGAAGCUAGCACUGCAUUAUGGCGGAUACCAAAACCGCGCCAAGAUGCUACGAACGAAGAUUCUGGAGGCUAGUGCAGCUCUACCCAAGGCACAGGACGAUCUUGAUUCUUUCCGUACACUCCAGAUCUCCGAGGAAGCUGCUGUCUCUCGGCGACUGGAGCGACUGCGUGAGCAGGUGUCCUUCGUUAUGCGCCGGGAGCGGGAGGCACAGGAGUUGUAUAAGAGCCGAAAGGACGAGUUGGAUGAGCUUGUUGCUGGCACGGCUACGGUCAAUGGAUGGCACUAA